AUGUAUCUGCAAGGGAUAGGAGAUAUUAGGUAUGCAUCUGGACGAGAAUUCCAUUUGCAACUCCAAGCCACACUGACUGAUCAUCGGGUUAACGGAAUGGUCGGAAGCUAUGGUAUCAUUGAUGCCAAUACUCAUAUAUUAUAUGAAACGAUACCCGCGCCAAUCAUUUCCGUUCUGAAGAUGCAGGCAGAUCUUAUGCCUGUUAGCCCUAUUGACUGGGAUCUUCCAGAAGCUCUUCGUCCUAAUCUAGAGGCCGCUCAAUUGCCUACAGAAAACCUUUUAGGUUGGCGUAGAAAAGAGAGGCUGUCAGUAGAUCAGCGUGUGACCUUAGAAGCCGGUGGGAUUACAGCUAACGAUGUGUUUCCAAGGAACAUCGCAAAUAUCCCAAUUUUCCAGGAUUUACUAAAAUCUGUGGAAGAUCAUAUUGAAAAUUCAAAAUGUAAAGUGAUCGCAACCUUCCCAACUUCAACUACAGGAUCCUUAGCCCAAGUAUCCUUUAUAUCACGUUCACCAGACGAUUCAGAACCUGAACCACUCCGUAACAUAGCAGCAAAGCUAGGGAGAACUAACAGCUACACUCAAGCUGUGUCAGGAAUAGCGUCUUCAUCCGCAAUUAUGCGAUACCGAAUCCAGAGACGAACGAAUCAUAAAAUUGAUUCUAUAUGUUAUCGAUCCGCAGCUCAAGCCAUACCACAACCAUGGCUUCAGAACGUGAACCAGAUUUUCCACACUUCCAAAUUUCAGAACUCGAUGGACGAGCAAAUUAUAACUCGUUCGCGAACAGAGUUCGAAGAAACGUAACUCGAGAUUGAGUACCAAUUAUCGGAACCAUCCCCCCCCCCCAAGAUGUAAGUCGUAUCACAUAUGAACCGCAUUCUUUGUAUAUUGCACAUGUUUAUUUAGUUUCGUUACUAAUUUUAUUAUUAUUAUUCACCAAUUACAUAUAUAAAUAUAGUUCUGACGAGUGUGGACAGAAGGGUUCCUGUCACCUAGUUAUUCAUGAGAGGUAAAAAAUAAUUGAGCUCAAAAUCGUGCAACACAGAUACGCAGCACACGGCGUAUAUAGGUAGCUCAUAGCUGCUGAUCGCACGCACCUUGCGUAUUGUAAUUUUGUUUGUAUGUACGAAUGUGUUGUUAUUAUUGUAUCAAAUGUGUGCCGAGUAGCCACGCGAUUCUAUUAUAUCGGUGCGACCAUCUUUACGAAACAGUUGCAAGCGGUGGCAAAUUUUUGAUCAUCUUCGGAGAUUGUUGUUAUGUAUGUAACAAAUGAUUUGACGGCCGAUCAGAAUGUGUUGCCUAACAUGCGUGUAAGCGUGUGUGUGCAUACAUACCCUGAAUCAAAGCAAAUUAAUUUUCGAGUCUCUUAUUCCCAUGAAAAGACGGAAUGUUAUUGGCUAGGAACGAUCGUUCGACCAAUGACGAUCCAUUGAUGGAAGGAACUACAGGGACGCUGGUUCGUACGUCCAUGCAUGUACAAGCUAUG